CAUGGUAAUGAUAUUGGAACCAGAUAAUUUCACUUCGACGAUGUCUCUGUCAGGGUUGAGAAGACCAGUGUGCUUAAUUCCUAAAUUUGCCUUAUGUAUUGGUCGAUCAUUAACAGUUCCGAUAUGUGCGAAAAGAAGAAAUGUUCCGAAAGUAAUGUCUGUUCAAAAAUUUUCAGCAUCGGUUCCUAAACCAAAGAAAGAAACAGUGUCACUUUGCUUCAAGUUAACUGAUGGUUCAGAACAUACAGCUAUAGCCAAAGUUGGUGAUAAUCUACUAGAUAUCAUUAUAGAUAAUGAUAUUGAUGUGGAUGGAUUUGGUGCUUGUGAGGGAACCCUGGCGUGCUCUACUUGUCAUUUAAUCUUCAAGCCAGAUCAAUACGAUCAAAUCCAUGAAAAACCUACAGACGAAGAACUUGACAUGUUGGAUCUAGCUUUUGGUUUAAGUGAUACGUCAAGGUUAGGUUGCCAGGUGAUAGUAACUAAGGAAAUGGACGGUUGGGAAAUAGAGGUGCCCUCUGGUGUAGCUGAUGCUAGAGGAUGACCUUGGUUAAUGCUUAGGUGUUUUAACUGAUAAAUUUGUAAUACAUAUUGUUAUAGUAUUGUAAAGUGCAGGUGGCAUAUAUUAAGUCUGUCUUAAUACGGCAGGAUAUACAAGACAUUACAAAAUCAAUGAUUAACUUGUAUGUUUUGAAAGUCCAAUUAUCAUCAAUUUGUUAUUUAUCAUCAAUUCUGUCAUUUAUAACAGUAUAAAACAUCAUUGUAUGACUUUUUAAAGGCAUUCUUGAUUCAUUUUGUGCCAAUUUUUUUCGGCUGGGAUUUACCAGGCAUAUUCUAAUUAACUGAAUCUAGUUUGGUAUAUAUAUAUGAGGAUUUAUUUAAUAGACUUUAAGAAAGAAAGAAAUUGUAACUUGCAAAAAACCUAUGAGAUUUUAGAUUAUGAAAAUAAGAAAAUAACUAUCUUAAGCUAUGUUGUGAAAUAAGGAACAGUGGAUAUUAUCCUUUAUUUAUCAGACAUUACAUUUUUAUAUGGAAAUGUUUUUUGAAAACAUAAUUGAUUUUUAACCUGAUGUAAUGACAUAACUAUUGAAUCAAAUUCAAAGUAGAGCAAACAGGAGAUUACAUUUAUUUCUAAUAUAACAUUUUAUUAAAGCAAUCGUAAUAACCUUUUGUUACUUUGUUAAUUAAUAUUGUUUUAGCUUGAUUGGACCAAAAGGUCAGCUUGAACUUUUCUCAUUAGGUUUCCUCCAUUUUCCAUUUUUAAAUUUGGUAAAUUUACAGCAAACUUUUGGUAUGUGUUGUGUAAUUGGAGUUUUAGCUUUUGUGGAAGUUUCAUAUUUUUUGACUUGAAACGUGUCAUGAACUCUGUCCAAUUAUUUCUUAAUAGGGUACCAAAAGGAGUUUUAUUGCAUUUUUAUGGACUGACAUGUUUAGGAACUUUAUUUCGAUUUGUGAUUAAUUAAGCAUUCACUAGGUUUCUGGCUUCUUGGAGCCUCUAGUUAUUUUACCAGUUUACUAAGCUUUUUUUCAGGUGGAUAGUUAUGUGCAGGUUCAAAAGGUUUUAAUCAGCAGGAAGACAUGUUUUCCCAUUUAGACAUAUGAUUCCUACAUGUAAGCAAAAUAAGGAGCUUCCAUUGCAAAGUGGUCUAUGUAGUUCAUCUGCAGUAAUCACUAGCCUGUCAACACUGAGGUUGUGAAUAUGAACCCUGUUCAUGGCAGGUGCGUUCAUUUCCUAUCUUAAUUGACUAGGAUUGCCAGUUUUCCUGUUAAAGGUAGGUGGUUCUCUCUGGGUAAAACAGCUUCCUCCAAUAAACUCCAGCCGUCAUGAUAUAGCCAUGAGUGCUGAAAGUGGCAUUAAACACCAGCACUCAAUCAUUCAAUGUAAGCAAACAGUCUUGAACAGUGAAUUGGCAAAUAGCAAAUGAUUUGACCUGACUGUGGAUUGAGCCCACAAUGUAUACACACGUGGCAAACAGUAUACCAUGAAAAUACUGAGCCAGUGUGCCAUAACUAUAGAUAAACAGGUUGUAGGUAUAAAUAAAUGAAGAGUUAAUAUGAGCAUACUCUUUUGAUUAUAGAUUUACAUAAUAUCAAUUUUAGAAUAUAUUUGUUGAAGGUGAAAUCAUAUUUUUUUUAAAGCACUUACCUAUUAAAAAUGGGAUUUUCUCUCCCUUUAUAAAUGGAUCAUAUUAUGUUGGGGGAGAUCCACUCUGAAAUCUGAUGUUUUCUUUGUCCUAAGUAAUUGCAGUACAUUUAUAUUACACACACUGUGACAGUUUAUUUACCUAAGUGAAUUAGGCACAGUUGGUAUGUUAAAACACAGGUUAUUAAACUAGUGAAAAAUCAUUCUACUGAAUAGAAAGACUUUCACUUAUAAUACUUAUUAAAUUGAAAUAUUUUAAAACUCCUGACAAAGUUACAUUUUAUAAAAUGGAUUAGAGUUGUCUCCCUUUGCUCAAUUUAUAUUGGCAGGAUGAUUUCAAACACUCAAAAUCUUACUAAAUAAGUAAGUCUGUUGUUGGUGAAAUGAAUAAUACUUUUUGAAUUAUGAUAUUUUACAUUUUAACUGAAUUAUAAUAUUAUACUUUUUAACUAGAUUUUUAUAAUACAUCAUGUAUUUGACUUUUUUACCUGUUGAUUGGCUCUAUUUUCUUAUAUAGAUAAGUAACUCUCUCUGUGAUAAAUAAAGGCAACAGUAGUAUACCGCUUUUCAAUAGUCAUAAAUCAAUUAAGAAAAACAAAUCCGGGUCACAAACCAAAACCGAGGGAAACACAUCAACUAUAUGAUAAGAAGCACCUACCUAAGAUUUCUUUUUGUGUUCCCUUAAGUAAACACAGGAUAAAAUGUCUGCUUACUCCAAGGGAUUGAAAAUAAGAGACAUAUGCUUAUGUGCAAACCAAAAGAUGGAAUUGCUCUUCUUAUUGAUUCUGUGUUUGAUAGAAAGAUUAUUUUGGCUUUCACAUCACAGUAUAUGGACUUUUUUCACUAUUAUUGCAUUUGCAGCACCUUCUACACAAAGUUAGUCACCUCACUUGACUGUCUUAAAAUUUUGAAAGUUGAACUUUGAAAAUGAUUUAUUACUUAGAUUUUUUUAUGGUUGCACAUCAGAAAGCAUGGCCUUUGCCAGGUAUUCAUGUAUUGAAGAAAAAGUCUGUUCACAUAAACUGUAUCUUAUCUCUUUAAUUCAAAAACUGACCACAAAAAUCAGACACAGCUUUAUUUAUAGUCUAUAUUUGAAAAUAUAAUCAUCUGAUUAAACACAAUUCAAUUGUGUUUGUAAUUAAAUUCCCUGUGUCAUAAGUUUUGAUAUAAGAGGCCCAACAAUUUAAACUUAAUCCUUUCAUUUUGAUUUUGAUGGGUUUAUGAAUUUUUGCCAGUAUUUGUCAGUUACAUUUUACCAUAGAAAGGAUGAUAGUAUUUGAUAGUUUUAUAAAGGCAAGAAUUUAAUUCUUGCCUUUAUAAAACUAUCCAAUACUGUUCAAUUUUUACUCAGGCCUAUGACAUGUUCAGGAAGCAAUAACAUAAAGAACCUGAAUUCAACAUUGAACCUAAAAAAAUAUAUUGACACUGUUAAGUCUUUAUGAAAAUAUCAGUUGUUUGUUGGAAGGUGAAGUGCUUCAAAAUGUUACCCUAUAUUAGGAUGGAUAAACUGUAUGUAAACUAUAAUAUAUAUAUAAAUGUUUAUAUGAUUGUGUCUGUGUGUGUGUGUGUUUGAAUAUCUAUUCAAAAAAUUUCAAAAAUGCACUUCUCAGAAAAUGAAAAUAUAUUAGAUAUAUUUUGUAUACUAAUAGGGUCUAGAGCAACACUAGUGCAAAAGAAUUAGGCAGUAAUUUGAUAUAUAUUUAUUAUACUUAUUUGUACAUGUAUUGCAAUUGUAUGAGGAAGUAAAAUGAUGUGUCUCUAUUGAUCACAAACAUAAUAAAACAGGUAUUAGAUGUAAACAGAGUUAUUAUUUUGUCAAUAAAUUAUUUUAUUUUA